UUCAUUGGUAGCAUUAGUCGAGUUUGUUACAUUGGUAGCAUUAGUCGAGUUUGUUACAUUGGUAGCAUUAGUCGAGUUUGUUACAUUGGUAGCAUUAGUCGAGUUUGUUACAUUGGUAGCAUUAGUCGAGUUUGUUACAUUGGUAGCAUUAGUCGAGUUUGUUACAUUGGUAGCAUUAGUCGAGUUUGUUACAUUAGUAGCAUUAGUCGAGUUUGUUACAUUGGUAGCAUUAGUCGAGUUUUGUUA